ACUCUGCAGCCACUCCUCUCCUGUGUGAAGUAGAGGGAGCGCGCUUUUACCUCAACUCACUGCUGUCCCGCGCAGAGCUGGUUGUGAAGGGAGAAAGUUCCAGAACACCAGAAUUCGAAUAAAUGGCGGACACAGUACUGGAGCGCAGAAGAGAUUCAGGGGAAGCAGGGUCCCCUGUUGUUGCCACAUCCAGCCCAUCUCCUGCCAAAACACCCUCUCGGUCUCUCGGCACCCCUGGGCCCGGGCCAUCUGGAGACACUUCAAAUGCUACAGCCAGCAGAACCGAAAGGAGAACUCAAAGCUUUGCAGAUUUGGAGGCCAUUGUGGAGGCUCUACAUCUUCGAGCACAAACACUGAUUGAUAAAAUAAACCAAAAGCGCAGCAAUGACCAAACACUGAUGGAAGAAUUUAAGAAUAGUCUCACCUUGAAGGUAGAGGUUCUGUGUAAGAGUCUGGAAGAAAAAAUGCAUGAGCAGUUUGAGCAGAAUACCAUGCAUCUGCAGGCCAAGGUGCAGGAGCUCACCGAUGUCAUGCAGAGAAUCAGUCAUCUACAGGAAGAGCUAAGACAUGUCUGCAAGACCUUGACUACGGUCUAUGAAGACCUGGGGUUACAACCCGAAAUGUCCUAAAAUCUGCAGGAUUUCUACAGCUUUUGUUGUUGGUUUUAGAUAGAACUAUUUAGGAAGGGAUAUGGAGGCUUCCAUUGGAGACCUCCGCGUCACAUGGUGCAGUGGCAGCCUGCAUUCUUCCUUCCUGACAGGUUCUUUUUUAAAAGUGUUUACAUUGUAGGUUUUGUGUGCCAAGAAUGUUGCUGAUCAUUUUUAUUCAAAUGUUGACACUACACUGACCACUGCAACACACACUACACUGACCACUGCAACACACACUACACUGACCACUGCGACACACAC